AUCAGCCCCUGCAGGCUCGGCAGCCCGCAAUCCGCCAGACGCGCCGCCAGCCACGCUCUCGCAGGUCAUGGACACGGAGGAGUUCCGUGUGCGCGGCAAGGAGAUGGUGGAGUACAUCUGCGAGUACCUGAGCACGCUGGAGCAGCGGACAGUGACUCCCAGAGUGGAGCCAGGCUACCUCAGCAAGCUGCUUCCCGAUGCUGCUCCGCAACACCCGGAGACCUGGGACUCCAUCAUGGAGGACGUCGAGUCAAAGAUAAUGCCUGGGGUGACCCACUGGCAGCACCGUCGCUUCCACGCCUACUUCCCGGCGGGCAACUCCUACCCCUCCAUCCUGGGCGACAUGCUGGGGGACGCCAUAGGCUGCAUUGGCUUCUCGUGGGCGGCUAGCCCUGCGUUGACAGAGCUGGAAACCAUUGUCUUGGAUUGGUUGGGAAAGGCGAUCGGACUGCCGAAUGAGUUCCUGGCUUUCCCCGAGGGCAGCCGAGGCGGAGGUGUCAUCCAGACGUCGGCGAGCGAGUGCGUGCUGGUGUGCAUGCUGGCGGCGCGCGCGCAAGCCGUCAAGCGCCUCAAGCAGCUGCACCCCUUCGUGGAGGAGGGCGUGCUGCUGUCCAAGCUCAUGGCCUACUGCAGCAAGGAGGCCCACUCGUGCGUCGAGAAGGCCGCCAUGAUCUGCUUCGUGAAGCUGCGCAUCCUGGAGCCGGACCAGCAGUGCAGUCUGCGCGGCGACGCCCUGCUGCAGGCCAUGGAGGAGGACGAGGCAAUGGGGCAGAUCCCGUUCUUCGUGUCGACCACGCUCGGCACGACCUCGUGCUGCAGCUUCGACAACCUGCGCGAGGUGGGCCCCGUGUGCCACCGCUUCCCGGGCGUGUGGCUGCACGUGGACGGCGCCUACGCCGGCAACGCCUUCAUCUGCCCCGAGCUGAAGCCCCUGAUGGCCGGCAUCGAGCACGCGGACUCUUUCAACGCCAACUGCAACAAGUGGCUGCUCGUCAACUUCGACUGCUCGUGCAUGUGGGUGCGCGACCGCUUGCGCCUCACGUCGGCGCUCGUCGUGGACCCGCUGUACCUGCAGCACGGCUACUCCAGCACCGCCAUCGACUACCGCCACUGGGGAGUGCCGCUCAGCCGGCGCUUCAGGUCCCUGAAGCUGUGGUUCGUGCUGCGGAGCUACGGCAUCUCCGGCCUGCAGAAGUACAUCCGCCACCACAUCAGCCUCGCCAAGCGCUUCGAGCGCGCCGUGCUGGCCGACCGCCGCUUCCAGCUGUGCAACGAGGUCAAGCUGGGGCUAGUGUGCUUCCGGCUGCGCGGCUCCGACGAGGUCAACCAGAAGCUGCUGACUAACAUCAACGCCUCGGCGCGCCUGCACAUGGUGCCCGCCUCCGUCAACGACAAGUACGUCAUCCGCUUCUGUGCUGUGGCGCAGCAUGCCACCGAGGAGGACGUCGAUCACGCCUGGAAAGUGAUCACGGAGUUCGCUUCAGAGCUGCUGGAGAGCCAGGACGCGGGGAAGAUACAGGAGCCGCGCGACGACGAGGUGUCGGAGAUGGUGGCUCGCAGGCACCGCGAGGCGCUAGCGCACAAGCGCUCCUUCUUCGUGCGCAUGGUCAGCGACCCCAAGAUCUACAACCCCAAGAUCGCCAAGGCGCUGCCCGCGUCCCGCCACCGCCGCCUGGCCGAGCCGGGCUCCGAGGGCGCGGCCGACAACGGCGUCACCAUCCAGACCCCGCUCGCCUCGUGGAUCAGCUGGCCGCUCGCCUUCCUCUUCCAGGGAGUGUUCGACGACGUGUCGUCCAGCGAGGUGCCGGUCAGGUUCCGCCACCUGGACACGAUGGUGCGGCUGAAGACGCACCGCGAGAGCAACGAGCCCUCCUCCACCUCGCCGUCGCCAGAGCGCGAGGGAGGGGGCAAGUCGCCCGCGAGGUCGCCUGUGGCUGGGCGCCGCCGAGGCGCCUCCCCCUCCAACCCGUAGCCCCGCCCACUGCCCGCCCCGUGAGCCACCCCUGCCCACGCCACUGCUGCAGAACAUAGCGGUUCCCACUACUAGAUGUUUUCUCGCUCCAUGGGUCCUAUAGCAUGUGAAAAUUCAGUCAUACGUGAUGUUGUCACAACUUAAGGCCUCGUCUGCUACACUCAAUAAACCAACAUAGGUUUUGAAAAAAA